GUUUACAUGCGUGGUGGUUGCCCCCCCACCCGUCCUGAACCGGAAUUUCCCCAACUUUGCCAAGGCAUCGCGAUUCGCCGCACCAACACCUUGGAUUUGAUUUCAGUUUUCGCAGCUCAACGUGCAUGAUGCGAGUACAAUAAUAUCAACAAGAAUUCGGGCAUAGGGUUGAUUUCUGUAUAUCAAGACAUGCCUCUAUACUGACUCUCCAAGGACCCCGUUCCUUUUCGACCAGAAUGGCCGCCAACCCAGAAACGAUAAUAAUCCCUUCCUCCUCGCCAGAACAAAAUUGGGCUCGUUCGGUGUCGCCAUGCACUCCAGAGCGCCUACUUGGCAUUCUGUCACACGACUCAUCGCCUCCGUCCUUGUUCUCCUCUUCUCGGUUAUUCAAGCCCCCGACAGCUACGAAGCGUCGAGCGAUCUCUCAGGCAUCACAAUCACCUCUUAGGGAAGAAAUAGGAAAAGAGAAUCUUCCCAUCACGAAUACCAAAAAAAGUGCCUCCUCAAAAAAUGGAGACAAGCCAAAGACCGUUCGAAAAAAGGGAGGAGAGCCGGAGGUCUCAAAAGAAUCGACUCCUAAGCCGAGAACAACAGCACGAAAUCGAAAGGGCGCGAAGCAAGAGGAGGCCAAAAAUAAGACUAUAACAGGACGAGUCGCAAAAAACGCAGCUCCAAAGGCGAAGGAUAGUUCUGGAAAAGAAAUUAUUCUUCUAGAUAUGACUGGAAAGGAAGCGCCGCAAAGGAAAGCGCGAGCUCGGAACAAUCUGGAAUUGCACGGCUUGAACUUAGAGGAGGCUAUCAAGCGAAGACUGGAUUGGACGCCUCCAAAAUCAACACCGUUCUUUCCAAUCGAUAAUGGUGAUAUUACUCAGGACACUGGCAACGCUUCCAUGUUCAGUGGCCUUUUUCACGACUAUAGUUUCCGUCGAGUGAAAAGUUCAAUCGAUGACCAUGCUCCUUCUGGCACAGACGGUCUUCCUACAAAGCGACGGCGUAUAGAGCUCGUCGAAGGAUUGAUACAGGAAACAAGUGCAUUCGGCAAAAGGUCAGAUGGUUCACACAAAUCAACCGCGGCAGACACGAAUGGAGGGGCCAAAACUUCUAGAGACAAAUCCAUUCCAAAACAGAAAAGAGUCAAGACGAUCACAGCAUUAGUGACAUCGCGAUACGAGCCGGUUGAAGAAUAUGCUACGAAGCAGAAUCAUUUAUUUGAGGACAAUAUAGCAGACAAUAACGCAGACGAUUCUAGCACAAAGAAGCGGAAUAAGAAGAAUAAGAAAGUAACAUCAACAAAGAAAAAGGAGCCUGAGUACAUCAUACUCUCGCCAGAAGCGGUGACCAAGUCCCUCGAUAGCCAGGAUAUUCUAUUUGGGACUUGUAGUCAGCUUGAAACAGACGAUCAUCCAACUGUUGUCAGAGAAACACAAAAGGCCUUGGCAGCCUCCGAAAAAAUCACUGGAAGCAGCUUCACGUUAAGUAGUACAUCUUCACAGGUGUCGACAAAGGGUCUGACUUCAAGAUUCAAUGGCUCUGGAGAGCUCUGGUCUGCGGCAGCUAGAAAUUCGGAUGGAUUUGUCGUACAGCCUGAAUUCAUUGAUAUGACCACAUCCCCAGCUAUAUAUCCAUUGAAGAGCCAAAUUACUUUUGAAGAUGAGGGUAUACGGAAUACAAAAACGAAAGACUUGCCUCUAACUCUCCCAGAACGAACUCUUCCCAAGGAAACCGCAUCUAGAAAGAAGAUGAUCCAUGUUUCAGAUACAAACCACGAAAAUUCCUCUGUUACCGAACAUACCCUGGGUUCUCAGGAGCGUUCCUCAACUCAAACAUCAGACAUGCCCCGAUACACUGGCUUCACAGACGAUGAGCUUCGCAAGAAAGUUGCUUCAUACGGAUUCAAGUCGAUUAAAGGUCGAAAUAAGAUGAUAUCUUUGCUUGAGAAGUGCUGGGAGAGCAAACAAACUGCUCCGAUGUCGACAACUGAAGAUAUCCCAAAAACAUCUACUACGACGGCAACCACUAAUUCUCCUGCUCCUAUGACUACUGAUGGCUGUGGUGAAAACCAGAGUAAAACAAAGCAGAAACAGCCAGGACGAGCCAAAAAACCCAAAACUUCAGAUACAUCGAAUUCUUCAUCGAAAGCUCAAAAGACAGGAAAGCUGCAGUCACAGUCAAUAUCCAAGCCGUCCAGCAAAAAGAACGAAACUUGUCAACCUCAGCAUUCGUCUUUUGUAUUUGUUGAAGAAAUUCAAGAUUCCGAAGAUGAUUCAAUACCAUCUCCCACUCGUAUACAAAUGCGAUUCAACGCCAGUCGUCAGAGCACCCCUGCGGCUAGUCUUCCUCUUGGUACCCGGCCGACGUUCAGCCCUAAAGGCACUUCAAAAUGUCCACCAAAAAACACAGGAACAUGUGGCAAUCUUUCCGAAUUAUCAAACCAAAUCACAAAAGCUAUUCGAUCGCAGCCGCGCUCCUUGGUUGGGUCGAAGCGGGGGCCGCAGCUCACUUGGCACGAAAAGAUACUACUCUAUGACCCCGUGAUUUUGGAAGACCUUGCAACAUGGCUCAACACCGAAGGGCUGGGAUUGAUUGGAGAGGAUCGAGAAGUAAGUGCCGGAUUGGUACGAGAAUGGUGCGAGAGUAAAGGUGUCUGCUGUACAUAUCGGCCUAAAGUGGCUAUGGGCAAAACGAAUAUAUAGAUUUAUGCAGUGAACUUCACUGCAAGGUCGCCUACUGUUUUAGGUAGGCCUUUAUUGGUAGAUA